AUGUUUCGCGAGUUCGGCGCAAUGAUGAAGGACGCUUUCAACAGCAAGGUUGCCCCGAAGAGCCGCGCAAAUACUCGUGCUGAAGAAUGGAAGCAAGAAGAUGCGCUCGGCCAAACUGCUGCUCUCGCACACUCCGCAGCCACGAAUGCGAUGACGACCGACCAUGCCACUGUCGACGGCAGUAACAGCAUCAAGUCUGGCGCUGAUGGCGAAGACUGCUUCGUCUCCCGUCACCUGCUCGAUCGACCCGACAGCAUCGGAGCGCCGCUUCUUGUCUCCCACGAAAAUUCCUUCGCCUUUCGCCACCUCCUCGCAAGACCCAAUUCCACCGUCCAGCACAGAGAUCAUGCGUCUGUCCACGGCGCCGUCAUCACCACGAUCGAUCCCAUUGAAGAAGACUGCUUCACCUUCCGCCACCUCCUCUCAAGACCCAACAGCAGCAACACACCUCCCGACCUCGAAGCCUCCGCCGGAUUCCGACUCUUCCGCAUCACCGAGCUGCUCGAGCAAAUCCUCCUCCACCUCUCGCCAAUCGACAUCCUGCGCAUUCGACAGGCGGGACACAAGUUCAACGCUAUCAUCAUGAAGAACAAGGACAUUCGGCGCAUCAUCUUCCUCGAGCGAGACAACCAACAAGCAGUCGAGAAGGCGGUGCCACUCAACCUUCCUCCGCCGUCACCCAGGCAGUGCGGCAACGGUCGAACAUUCGGCGGCAUGACGCCGCGAUUCAGCUUCGUCCGUCGCAAUCCAUUCGUGUUUCGUCAGGAUCACAAGUACCUCUCCGCACACACAAUGCCGAUCCGACCAAAGUUCGCAAGCUACAUUCUGGACGGCUCGGGCGAAUCCUCUUUCCCUGCUAUCGACGACAUGUACAUCACCAAUCCUCCAGUCGAGCGGGUGUUCUUCACUCUUGGCUUGAAGCGUCAUAGGGCUCCGCCAAUAGUCGGCUCUUGCCAGUACGCAAGGCCAACGCACGGCCGCGGCCCCAUGAAGAACUGCAUCGUCGAGAAGGUGGGAGGUGUCAAAGUGCGGGACUUGCUGAAGGGCAUUCAAGACGGGCUGAAGGAACUUGGUGCUGGAGAAAAGGAUAAGUCGGCGUUGUCGCAUCUGUUGAUCAGGCUGGGUGCCCACCACAAGGCUGUGGCGGAUGAUAUGGACGACCAUCUCAUUCCCAUGGACCUUCUCUCCGUCUUACAGAGUGCCGAGUCCCAGGCUACGGAUAUGAUGGCUCUUUUGAGGCGGUGCUGGUCGCAAUCGUACCUCGUUCGUACUCUGGUCAGUCCACACCCGGACGAGCCAGCUACGGACGAAAUAACGAACACGCAUGGAUGGGCCGACGAGGCUCUCAGCACCGCGGACUACUACGCCGGCAUGAUUUGCAAUCUGGCCACGAUGGACAUUUCCGACGUUCACAUUCGUGACGCGUUAGCCUCUCUGGGCCAUGUGGAGCAAAGAUUGGUUGUGGCGUGCUCUGAUCUCAUGUGGAAGUUCUCCAACCUCCUCGCUCGAACGCUGCAUUUGGAGACCCGGCGCCUGAUCCGUUUUACAGCCGCGAAGACCAAUGACAGCAUCCGGAAUGCACAACCGCAUACGCAGCGCCCGCGUCCAGCGGCCGAGCAGGCUAGCCCUGUGCAUCUGGCCACCGAAGAUGCUUGGACCGAUUCUGAAUGGUCCCGCCCUGCAUCGCCUUCGUCGCCGUGA